AUGAGAGGUCAGAGAUCAUAUGCUCAAGUUAUAAAAAACAUGAACGGAAAGAAAACAAAUGAAUAUGUCACAUUGAUCACACUUAACCCCAACACGUCCAUGAAGGAGUGGCUCAAUAAAGGUGUGCUAAUCGGUGAAACACUUAGUCUGGACCACAUGGCUAAUCUCCAUGCCUCUGGGAUCAUGAAGACAAAAAUAGGUGGAAUGAUUGGUUCAAAUGGCGCAAAUGAGUACUUAAAGGACAAAAAUAGGUGGAAUGAUUGGUUCAAAUGGCUGGUCAAUGCAGAUAAAUAUGAUUCAGAUUACGAAAGAGUUGCAUGGCUAAAGAUUAUUGGUGUUCCUCUACCACUAUGGGAUGGAGACAAUUUCUCAAGAAUUGCUAGCAGGUUGGUAAGGUUAUCAACCCAUUCGAUGGGAUAUCGAACAUGA